AUGGUAUCCGACAGCAUUGAUUUACCAUUUUUUCCGAAAUAUGACAUAGAAUACGUAUUCGACGAAAAAAUACGAGUUACAUGGUUUGAAUCCCAUUUCUCCCAGUCCCAUUACAAUGUCCACAACACCAGUAAAGGAAGCAAUGCUUGUACAUUGAUUGCGGUUUUAAUGGCCUCUAAAUGUAACCAAUACAAAGUUGUCAUAAAUGGACCACAAAAAUGUUUAAAUAUAAGGCUGAUUCAGUUGCUUGCUUCAAGUAUGUUGGAAGGAAACAGGAUACAUGAAGAAUUGAAAUUAAGAAAUGUUUUGAAGCAUAUCAACUUAAACGUCCCAGAGGCUAUCAAAUAUGCUGGAAAACAAGCGAGCAAGAUGACUGAAUGGAAAAGUGAGGUAUAUAUGGAACCGUUAAACAAGUCUCUUUUUGACAAUAUAAGAAAAAACUGGAAAGAAUGGGUAAGACCAAACUCAGAAACAGAAAAACUGGAUAUGUACAUUAUUUUGGUGGCCGAUUCGAGAACUGUGUUAUUCCUUAUUCAAACGAAAACAGAUACCGUUACUUUGGUAGAUUCUCACCAACACAGUUCUGAGAAAGGAGCGUUCAUAGCAAUUUCUCGUCGCUCAAAACUGAAGUUAUUGUGCCAGUGGUACAACGAAGUUUUAUCAAAAUUUUACGACUCGGAACCUCUGCUAUAUGAAUUAUCAUUUUUGUAUUUUAAACAAAAAUCAGAAUUAACUACCUAAUUAAUUUU